ACGAUGGCCAGGAACAGGAAAGACCGCAACAAGUGGCGCGCAAGUCGAAGCACAGCAUAGCGCCACCGCUACCCGUCUCUAGUCGAAUGCAUAGGCCAAAAGACGUACAAAGUAUCCGAGAAAUCCAUCGUUGGCGACUCGUGUCUUCUUCAACCGGUCUUUGUGAUGCUUCGGUGCAGAUUAUUGUAUCUCUUUCGCCACAGAACGCGUGCCCCUUGCCGUUGUCAAAUGCGUGUGGAUACGGUGCGCCGGUAUGUCUUGCGUCUGUGCGAUUACCGCAGUAUAAGCGGCUGGAAUCGCUGUGAUAUUGCUGUCAAAGAGACCUGGAGACAAGUUGGAACCUGGAUCUUGCGCUGCUUCGGGGGAGCUUGCGGAACAGUGGGGCGCUUGGCAACUCGGUACGACACGGCUUGCUCCGCCUCCUAUGCAACGACGCGUCGCAUCAUCCAGACUCACAAGCCUUGGCACCCCGUGGCCACAACAAGUCAGCUGGGUCACUUUGACAAUGGAGCUGGCGUUGCCUUUCUUAGACACACACUGGGGGUUGCAAGCAGCAACGUUACAGCUCUCGCGUCCUCCUUCAGUCUAGGGACCGGCAGAGCCUUAUCUCGAUUCCACACAGAGUGCUUGUCCCGAUGGUGAAACGACAUUCCUGCAUGAGCAAGCGGGGGAGAGUCAGAUUUGCAAAUGGUACCGUCGGCAACAAAUAAUCAAGCCUGAUCGGUGGAUAAUGGUUCGCCGUUUGAAAUGAGCUGGAUACAACAGGAUGGCCAGCUGUGUCAAGAACCUAGGUCCGGCAUGGUUGAGAAACUCAAAUAAA